UUCUUUCAUAUUUUUAAUAGAAGAAUAUCAAUCCUCUCUAUCGUGGGAAACAUCACCUCUGCGAGAUGACGAUGAUCUUUCGAACAUGGUCGAUGACCCCUCGAACAUGUCCGAUGAUCUACCGAUUAUGACUGAAGAAGAAGCCAACAAGUUGAUAAAUUUAGCCGCCACAAUAAUUCAGUCUCGUAUCAGAGGAUUUCUCGUCCGUCGUAAAUUUGAUUUUAGCAAGUACAAAAGAAUUCACAUCGCUGCGAGUAAAAUCCAAGCACUCUGGAGGGGAUAUUAUUUCCGCUGCUAUAGCAAGCAAGGUCUCGACUUUAGGAGGGAAAUACGAAUACGGCGACUUCAAAAAUAUAUCUCCACCUUAUGCUUGAUGAUGCAAAGAUCAGAAAAACAACACGAGAUUGAAAAACAGCAAAUGUUGGAAAUCAUUACACUUCUUUACGAAAAGUUUACUCAGUUGACGGAGAAAGUUGAAAAACUGGAAAGUUCUACCAAAGACGGCAACGAAAGGGAAAUAAAUGAUGAAUCAGAAAAGCGUUCAGAGAAAAUCGUUCAUCCUGUCUUUGUUCCUCAUCCGCGUUUGUCGUCGCGAAAUAUUGGACAAACUCAAAACUAUGAAAACAUCGCUAGUUCCGAAGACACUACAAACAAUUCACCGGAGCCCCCUGUGUCUGAAAACGUUGUGUAUUACGUCAACAAUGAAAAGGAUUCAGAGGAUGUUAACGGUUCAUUCGAAGAUGUUGAUUCAGUGAACAAUGACAUGACUGAUCAGGUUUCUGACGAUGAUAUUGAAUAUCAUGUUGGAGAUGUUAAAGGCGAUCAGUUGAAUUUUCAUUUUGUUAAAAGGAAUAUCAUGGGAAAUCAGGAUACUUUAUUGGAACACGAGGAGUGGGAUGAAAGGACAGAUAAGGUGGAUAAUGGUGAUGUAGAAAAAGAUAAAAUUAUUGAUUAUGAAGAUUGUCCUCAGUUUGCAGAGUUGGAUGAAGAUUUAGUAAAGAGCGAUGAAGAUGACGUGGGUAAGAGUGUUGAUGAGGUGGACGAAGAUCCUGACAAGGCAAUUCACGGUGAAAAUGAAAGUGUAAAUGAAUAUAUAAAAGUCUACGAAAUGUCUGAAACACCUGUUAAUGAUUUAACUGUUGACACUCAAGAAGAAUAUGCUUGUAAUGACACAAUGGCCAGUGAUAUGAGUCAGUUGUUUACAACAGGAAAUGUUUGUGAGUUGCUGAUAACGAUACAAGACGACAACAACAGGGAUGAGGACUAUGAAAACGUUCAAAGUAUUGAGGAGCCAAAUGAAGAUUACAAGAAUGGAAAUGACUUCAAAAUACUUGAUGAGGAUCAAGAUGAUCUUGGUGACAAAAGAACAAUAAAUGAUGGAGUUGAUGUUAAUGAUAUUGCUGGACAGUUUGAUGAUGAGAAACAUCCAAAUUAUGAAGAAGAUAAAUUGUAUGAUGAAGAUGAUGAUGAUAAGAGAGAAGUUAAAGAAAAGGAAACGGAAACAGACAGGGGUAUUAAAGGCUCAGAAAGCCAGUUUACCAAACAUGAAGUUAAGAGUGGGGGAAGUAAUGAUACCGAAUAUGUUGUUCACCAUACUGACAUUGAAAAUGGGAAUGUUAAAAAAGAUGAUAAGCAUGAUAAUUAUGAUGAUGAUGAUGUGGUUAAACAAGUCCAGGAUAUUCAGAAUGAAAGCAAUGCUGAAAUAUCAAAGAUCAAUAGAAAGAACAGUGAUGAACAUUCUGAGCAGAAUUUGGAUAUUGCCAGAGAACUUGUACCUGAAGUCGAUGAAUCGUCCACUAACCAUCUUGUUGUUGAGGAUACAGGACUUGAGGAAGAAAUUGAACCAACCGAUGAAAGGUUGAUUAAUCCUGUUACAGAUGAAUCCUUGAGAGACUCGUUAGAUCCUUCUCGUUCAUCUGAUAACAUCAUCACCAUUGUUGUUGGUGACUCAGAGGAACCAAUAAGCAGCGGUCAGGAGAUGAAACAUGAGAAUAUUGACCAUUCUUCUUCUGAGGUUGAGAGAAAGGACUCUGCCGCCAUAAAUGUGGAGGGUAACGAGGUGAAUGUGGAGAGUAACAAGAUGAAUGUGGAGGGUAAGAAGAUGGAUACCACAGUUAUCGCUCAGAGUGUCAAAGAAUCUGACUCUCAAAGUUUUGGACAAGACACGAAUGCAGAAAAUACAACAGUGGAAAGAACCUCACCAAGACUUGGAAAACAUGCGUCAUCUCUUUUGUCUGCCUUGAAGGAUGAGAUCACUAGAGUUAGUUCUCAGAAUGUUGAACUUGAGGAAUCACAGAUACCUCCUCCAUCAAGCACAGCUGCAUUUGGUGACUAUGCCUCAGUCAUCACUGACAAUAACACUGAAAAGGUUUAGAGUGUGAACAUAGAUAGUGUAAAUGAACAUAGUUUCUAUGUAUGUUUUUAAUAAAAAGUACUUUCAGGGUGUUUUUGAAAAUGUAACAAUAAAAUAA